UUGAACUAGGAGAAAAAAUUAGUCAAACCUUUUUGUUAACACGGUAAACAUUUAAAAACCAACGUUGAAAUAUACCUGGUCCGGAUUAGUAAGAUUAAAGGAAUUGUGGUUCAGUGCAAUCUUUUAAGUGCCGACAAUUUUUUUUCUCUAGUCAACGGUUUUGCACCAUGGCUCCUAAUAGUAGGAGGCGCAAAAUCAAAUCGGAUGCAGUGUGUCGUUCUCUAUUAUCCACAAAAAAUGUGACACCUUCUAAAAAAAAUUUAGGAGCUGUGUUCACGGAAAUGCCUCAUAUGUAUCAAGAAAAACCUCAAAUUUCAGAGUUUCUCCAAGGUGACUCAAAGAAAAGCCAUCUUCAAUCUAUAUUGGAAAGAAAUGCUUUAGAUGAAUUCUUAGAAAUGUCCUUAUCUUCCCAUGCCAAGUUUACUGAAAGUAAUUAUGUAAAUGUUCUGUUACGUCAAUUAAAACAAGACAUAAGCAAAAAUACUACGUUUGUGCAAGAAACACUUAAAGAUUAUCCCAUUGUUCCUAUCCCUCGUCGACCCUUAAAUUAUGUAACAGGUCACAGCGAAAAAAUUGUGUCGCCCAAUGAAUUAGAUGCAUUAGAAAAUGCUUCUUUUUUAAAAUGGCGCCUAGAAUUAGCUGAUAUGCAAGAAAAGGAAAAACUUUGUAUGACACCUUUUGAAAGAAAUAUUCAAUUUUGGAGGCAAUUAUGGCGCGUAUUGGAGAAAAGUCAGGUUGUCUUUCAAAUUUUAGAUGUACGAAAUCCCAAUUUUUAUCGGUCAAAAGAUUUAGAAUCCUAUGUUUCCGAAAUUCACCCGUCGAAAAGAACAAUAUUACUGUUAAAUAAAUCAGAUUUAGUUCCAAAAACUAUAAGAGCUCUAUGGGCACAAUUUUUUUAUCAACAAAAAGUUCCUUGUUUAUUUUUUAGUGCUAUACUUUCCACAGAUGAAUGCAACAUGUCAGAUCCAUUACAAAGUGAGAUUAUACAGGAUUCGGACAAUUUCACAGAUAAUAUAAUGUCGUUUUUAUGGAAUCUAAGUAAAAAUGGAGAGCUUGUGUCCACGAGUAAACUGAUAGAUAUAAUGCAACAUCUUCGAGAUCAUCUUCAAAAAGAGAGUCACUUUCAAGAAAUUAAAAGCUCACAACAAAGCGAUCCUGUUCCAUUCCAACACCGCAAACAUUUAGAUAAAAGUGAACACAGUCUACACGAACAAAUAACUUGCAUUAAAAAUGAAGAACAAAUGAAACAAACUGAUGAAAUCAACAAAGAAAAUUUAAAAGAAUUUGCGGAAAAUUACUCUAGCGUUAGCGCGUCUAAAACGGAUGAAAAGUAUUUUACUUUUCGUCUCGAUUUGAGUUUUACCGUGGGUUUUGUAGGAUACCCCAAUGUAGGAAAAUCUUCAAUUAUGAACGCUUUAUUGGGUGACAAAAAAGUCAGUGUUAGUAGGCAACCAGGAAAAACGAAGCAUUUUCAAACUUUUCAACUAUCAACCUUGGGAUUGAAUUUAUGUGAUUGCCCAGGUCUGGUUUUCCCUCAAAUAGUAACAUCGCAGUCUUAUUUAGUUAUCAAUAGUGUAUCUUCAAUUGAUAAUUUGAGAGGUUCAUUCACAGCUCCUAUUCAACUCAUUUGUAACCAAAUCGGUCAACAACUUUUUGAUUACUAUAAUGUAAAAAAGGACACCUACAAAUCGAAAAAUACCUUUUUAGAAGCAAGGGAAUUCUUAACAGCAUUGGCUUUUUCUCGACAUCAGACAAGUGGUGGUAAAGGUGGUUUACCUCGACUUUUUGAUAUGGCAAAAUUAGUGUUACGAGAUUAUUGUUCUGGUAAUCUACGCCAUUGGAGAAUACCUCCAAACUGUGAUUUAUGUGAGGACGGUUUAAAAAAACUAAAACCUUCCCCUGAUUUACCGGAUUUUCAAAUUGAUAAUACAUUUAUUGAAGACAAUGAAUUACUAAAAAGUCUUACACAAACAAACGAAAAGCACACAACUCCAUCAGACACUGUGCGAAAAGCGCGUUUUAUUGAAAAGCGUCUCCGCCAAGGAAAGAAAUCUGUUUUUGUAUCUUGUUAAA